AUGGCCAGUGUCCUAUGUGUGCCGUUGAAGAAAACUUUACAUUUAGAUUUGGGCAAGCAUCUUGGAGAAUUGAUCGAUCAAGGCUUUUAUCAGUCAUCGUCCAGUUUCGAACAAGACCUUAAAACCAUUACGCAGUUAAGAGAAGCGAUUGAAACACCAGAAGUAUCUGAAAAAGGACUUAAUGGAUUGAUCCAGUACUAUACACAAUUCGUGCAAUUGAAGAACAAGUUUCCCGUUGAUCAAAUUGAGUUUACAUGGUUCGAGACCCUAGGACUUAAAUCGUACGGUAAAAAAGCCUGCAGCUUUGGAUUCGAGGAGGCUAACAUUUUAUUCAACAUUGGUUCGAUGCUAUCUUUGUUAGCUGCAGAGGCCAAUGACACAUCUUUGGCGGGAUACAAGAAGAUGUGCCUGUAUUUGCAACAAAGUGCCGGUUGUUUUGAGAGAGUACUCGAAUGCGAUGGGCAUGUUGAACAAGACACAGCAACAAUCCUAGCUCUCGAAAAUUUGAUGUUGGCUCAGGCUCAAGAAAUCUAUUGGAUCCAAGCGGCUGCUAAAAACCAUAAACAGUCAUUGAUUUCACGACUUGCACUUCAAGUGGGAUUCUACUACCGGGCUGCGAAGCAGCACGCAGAGCGAAGUCAAAUCAUCAGAGGAGAUUGGGAAACGAUAUUUAAGGACAAGGCCCUGUAUUUCGAGGCGGUUUCGGAUUACCGGCAAAGUAUUGCAUAUGAUGAGAAGGAAGAGCAUGGACUGAGAGUUUCUUACCUGCGGAGGGCUUUUAGCACCAUUAAUACAAUAAUAGACCGAGACGAUAGGGCUUUGACAUUUCAAGAAAAGAUAAAUGCGACUUUGAAGCAAGCCGAAAGAGACAAUGAUUUGAUAUAUCUUAUGCCUGUAGUCCCAAAUCCACCCAUUUUGAAACCUGCACGUAUGGUGACAGCUUGCAUACCGGCGGAACUUGGAUCAUCACCAAACGAGGAAAAUUCUGGUGUCACUCUUUUUCGUGACCUUUUGCCAGUAUCGAUAAUGGAAAAUGCUCAGGCUUUCAGUCGUCGCCAAUCUCAAUAUAUUGACCAACAUGUCACUGAGCCUUUGAAAACCUUAACUAGGCUUUUACGAGAAAGUUUGCCAAUGACAAAAGCGAUUGACGAUUUGAAACCCGUGCCAAUUGAAGAGUUUAACGAUUGCGAAAAAUCUGUUCAGGGACUGAGCCGAAAUAGCGAUCAGGUCGAGGCGAUCAUACAGGAAAUUAAAAUUAAACUUGAAGAGAAUUUCCAUUCCGGUGAGAGCCAACUUUCAAAAUCUGACUUCCAAGAAAAAGUGAGGAAGUUGAAACUCUACUUGGGUCAGGGUCGCGCAAUUGAUAAAGAAACAACAGAAUCAUUCUCUGUCAUCGAUAAAUAUUUAUUGACAAAACCUAUAAAAUUGCCGUCGUCCAAUGACCCGUUGGUAAGAGAUGCUGCCGCAACGAUCAAAAGACGUUACGAGGUGAUAAAUGAAAUAAGAUCUACAUCUGAGUCUCACCCAUUUCUCCCCCUAAUUAUUUCAGCCUAUAAGCAGGAAGGUACUACUAAUUUUGAGAAUGCUUUUCAGGAGCAUUUGAAGUUCUGUGAUGAUGCCUUAAGGACGGUUCAAAUCGAGAAGCAAAAUAACAAGAAGCUCAUCAGUAUGCUCAAGGUAAAACAGGAAGAUGCGGAAGAUGCACGCCUGGAUCCUGUACAUUUAUACAUCCAAGACUUUAACUAUUCUAUGAGGCUGUACGAAGAUGUAAAAGAAAAUUUGAAGGGUGGAGUCAAUUUCUAUCAGGACCUAAUGCGUUCUGCUAAUGCUAUAUUAAAUGAGAUUCGUGAAAAAUCUUUCACUGGCCCUGAGGCGUGA